AUGACUACUAUCAAGACUACUUGCUACGACCCUAUAUUCUCCAUCAUGGAUUCUUAUUGGCCCAUCUGCCUCACCAAAACCUUUGGUUUCAACGAUGAGAACGGCAUCCUACCCAUGGGGAGUGUCUCCGCAGCCUUGACUGAGAACCCUCGGAACGGAGCUCUCACACUACCCCCGGCACCUCAGCUGCUUGGUGGGUCUCAGCAUCUUGCUAUGAUGACCGGGAAGUUCUGGAGACCUGGCCGAGAACUCAAUAUUGGGUUCCAGGGUGGUUCUUCCUGGCAGAAGGAUCAAGUCAAAACAUAUGCUCCACAGUGGACCCAGUAUGCAAACCUCAAUUUCACUUUUGUCGACUCGGGCGGAGUGGACAUUCUCAUCGCAUUCAAACCUGACUCGGCAUCCUGGUCCUUGAUGGGUACAGACUCUUCCCUCGCCAGCUCACAGAACCAGACGUCCAUGAAUCUCGGAUGGAUUGAGGAGAGCAAUUCAGAAGAUGGCAUCCGCUCUGUCAUCCUUCAUGAGUUUGGACAUGCGCUUGGUAUGAUCCAUGAGCAUCAGAAUCCAUAUGCCAACAUCUCGUGGAACAAGGACAAGGUCUACAAGGAUCUUUGCGGUCCCCGCCACAACUGGACCAAGGCCGAGGUUGACUACAAUAUCUUCCCUCUCACGUCAGACACUCAGGCCUCAGCCUUCGACCCGGAUAGCAUCAUGCUGUACCAAAUCCCUGACGAAUGGACCACAGAUGGGAAGGGCACUAGCAACAAUGUGGUUGAUCUCUCUGCUCUGGACAUGGAAUACGUCAAGUUCUGCUAUCCAGCUGACACUUAUGAUGCUGGACAGUUCAACACUAUGGAGAUCCGCCCCGAGGACAAACCGCAGCUGGUCAAUGACAAGGUCAAUCAGGCCGCCAACAUCAGCAUUACCGCUGCCACGAGCGAAGCCACGACCGAGAACUUCAAGGCCUCACUGCACAGCUGGGCCGACACUGUCCUCUACUCGGCUUCUAUGACAUACCUGGAGAAGAGUUCAGCCUUCAACUACACCCAGACGGGCGUCUACAACACCCAGGAGACCCGCCCCUGGAACGAGCCGCAGCUGAUGAACUCGAAGCGCAUCAACUUCACCACGCCGUUCAGCGCCCCGCCCAAGGUGGUCACCUGGCUGCAGUCGCUGGACAUGGACAAGAGCAAGAACUGGCGCAUCAUAGCCUCCGCGACCGACAUCGACAAGAACGGUUUCACCAUCCACGCCGACUCGUGGGCCGACUCGAUCCUCUACUCCGCCGGCGUCACCUGGCUGGCGCACCCGGCGGAGCAGCCGGGGGUCACCAGCGGCAGGAUCGACACCCAAGACGUGCGCCCCUGGCAGAAACCGCAGCACGAGAACUCGGGCGUCAGAGACUUCGGUGUGGCGUUCUCGGGGACGCCCAAGGUUAUCAUGGCGCUUGACUCCUUGGACUACGAUCACAGCAGGAACCUGCGGGUGCGGUUGAGCACGUCCUUCGUCAACAGCACGAGCAUGACUUGGCACCUUGAGAGCUGGUGGGACUCCAUCAUGUACAGUGCCGGUGCGUCUUUCUUUGCCUGGACUUGA